AUGAAUGUCUGGUCAGGAUCCAUUCCCCUCAACUCGGAUUCCAAGUUAGAAGGGAUUCGACUGGUCGACCCCAAUUCCUACUGGCAGUCUGAGCUAUCCAAAGACUCCCAAAUAUGUCUCCGCAGCUUUGUCAAUCCAUCACUUAUCCCAUUACACGCUCGUGCCGGUCCCAAUCUCGAACUACACACAUCCGACGCGGGGACAUCAAAAUGGCUACAAACCAAGCUCACGGGCGCUAUCUGGUUAAACGAAGAAGAGCCAGCACUCCAACAAUCCUUCCAAUGUCCAGUAGGGUUGUUACUGGGUGUUGAAAACAACACCAAAUCAGCCGACGUAGCCCCGACGAGCCUGUUAGUCUACGGCGUGCUAUCCAGCGCAACAUCAUGUACACGGCCACCCACCCCUCCACAUUCAUCGCCUUCCGAUAUCCAAGGCACCAGCAACCCACCAAACCGAGCUCCCUAUGAACUCAGAAUAUACGCCGCACCUCUAUCAUCCUCCAGAAUCACUCAAGCCCAAGCCUACCCAUCCCCACCCCUCUCCGACUCCGACCAACCCAUCGCCAACCCGCGCUGCGCAGAGUUCCUACCAGAUACAAGCUCGCCCAGCCCAAAGCGCAAACGAGUCGCAACUCUCUUCGAAGUAGCCGCGCAGCACCAUCGCCGCGUCCGCCAGCGCGGCGGCGAAGCCGUCUCCCAACUCAUGGCAUCUUCCCGACCUCUCUCCUCGUCACAAAACCUGCAGACUCUGCGCAUCAAGCGCGAGCCCGAAGACGAUACCCCUUCCCUCCCAUCUCUAGACCGGAUCGUCUCGCGCCGAUCUCGGUCCGUCUCCAUUGGAGCAGGCCUGCAACGUCCAGGUAGUGUGCGCGGCCGCGCAACCCCAGGGAUCAACGCCGAUCCGCAAAAGCGCGCGCCAACUCCGAACCCGUUCUUGGAUUCUGGCCGUCGCGGAACUCAUUCGUUCCCGAGUCAAGGUCCUUCUUCUCUCUCUUUGCCGGUGGAGAACCCAGUGUCUGCGCCUGGAUCGCCGGCCAAGGAUCCGGACACUGUGAUUGCAGAUAAUAAGAACCUCAUCACCCGCACGAUCUUGACUUGUAUGCGGCUCUAUGGAUUUCACCGCGCGAACCCGCGCUCUGCAUCUACGAGUAAACCAACAGGGACUGCUGCUGCUGAGCCUGAACCUGAUUUGCCUGGUACGACGCCGGCGCCGGAGACUCUGCGUGCUGAAACGCCUGCUCCUGGCACCACCACGGACGAUGAUGAGUUUAAGGCCAUGUACCAUGCGACGUACAAGGCUGCGGCUUUUGCGCUACGGAGAUACUUGAAGCAGGUGCCGGGGUUAGCGCCUUCUGUUCUGGAAAAGGAGAAGGCCAUGACUUGUAUUGAUGAGCUACUGAGGCUGUUCUGCGAGGAGCAUUAA